GCUCAAGCAUGAGCCGGGCAGGGCCCACACGGGCAACCGGGCCAAAUGGGGCCUUUACGCAGAGCGGGCGUAAGCCUGCGCUGGGGGGCGCGCUGGGGCCGACCAGGGAGGACGCCAAGACGGCGUACGAUGCCACCUUCGAGUAUUCCCAGCGGCUGAGCCAGCAGGUGCUGUCGCUGGAGGCAGACAACGUGGAGCUGCAGGAUGCCAAGAGGGCGCUCCUGGCAGAGAACGCGGCCUUGCAGGCGAAGGUCAGGGAGUUGCAGGACAAGUGCGACAAGGUGCAGGCCACGGCGAUUUUCACGCAUCAGGACAAGGAGGCGGCCAUCCUGCAGGCGCGAGAAGCGCUGCAGUCCAGGCAGGCGGAGGUGAUGCUGGCGCGGAAGUCGGAGGAGGAUCUGAAGCGGCAGGCCGAAGCGCUGGCCAGCGACAACUUGCGACUGAACGGCAUCGCGGAGAAGCUUCAGACCGAGCGUUCCCAACUGCAAAGAACAGUCUUGGGUUUGGAGGCCAGCAUCGAGGCCUUCCAAGAGGAGCUGCGCCUGCGCGCGGAGCGGGAGGGCCAGUCCAUGGGCGAGCGGGGCGCCCUGGAGCGCCGCCUGGAGGGCGCGUGCCUGCAGAACGCGCGCCUGGCGCGGCUCGGGGAGCUGCACCAUGCAGACCUGGCGGAGCUGCAGCGCUCCUCUGCCGAGCUGCUGCAGCAGCGCCAGCGGACGGCGCAGGCGACGGAGGAGCUCCAGGCCUCGCGCCGGGACGUGGCGUGGCUGCGCGCGAAGCUGGCGGAGCUGGACGGAAGCGCCGGGCACUGGCGCUCGGAGGCGGAGAGGUGGCGCCACGCCUCGGGGGCCGCCGCGGCCCAGGCGCCCAGGUUAGAGGAGGCCGUGCAUCGCGAGAGCGCGCUGGCCGACAGCCUCCGUGGCCGGAUUGCAGAGCUGGAGGAACACUUGGCCAAAGUGCUGAAGGUUCAAGUGUCUGCAGAGGCAGAGUGCGCGGGUUUGCGGUCACAGCUCGCGAGCAGCCGUGGAGAAGCCGAGCACCUGGCCAAAACCGCAUCUCGCUUGGCAGGGGAGCGGAGCCAUGCUGAGCAGCAGGCGCAGCUGGCAGCGACUGCGAAGAUGGAGGCAGAUCGCAGAUGCCAUGUGCUGGAGCUGGAGCACCUUCCGGAGCUGGUCGCCAAGCAGCAGGCCAACACUUCGGACCUGGCGAGUUUGCGGUCGCGCUUGGCACAGUUGGAAGGGGAAAACACCAUCCUCAAGGGCCAGGUGUCGCAGUCGGAGGUGCUCGUCAAAGGCUUGCGUACAGAAUUGGCAGAUGUGUGCGCCAGCCUUGGCAGACAGCCUGCAGGCGUUUGGCGGCCAUGUUCGGAUGUGCGAUCCGCAUGGACGGAGAGAUCAUUUGCCUCUGCGCCAUCCAGGUCGCUUCAUGGAUUUCAGCCGACUUCGGCAGUGCCAAUGCCUCUCAGCAACCAAUGAGUUGAAAAA